AUGUUCGGCACCUUUCUAGCUCUUCAAACGAGACUUAACGAUAGGGAGUUUUCCAAAACAGCACCAAGUUUCGCGCGGAUCUCCCACGAGAGACAGGCUUUCUUCUUAGGGGAAGGGCUAAGACUAGCCCAGUGGUCUCUGUGGGAAACUAGCCGUGAAUACAUGCCGGAGGUCCAGAACAGGCUCUGGUGCGAAGGGCCAUGGAUGGUGAGGUUGGAGAACAAGGAUCUCACGGAUCAAUUUGGUGAAGGACUGCCUGAGAUGAAAUCGAGAGACGUCGACUCGUCAGCCCGUGACGCUAUGAGGGAUGUCUCACUUCUUCGCAAUAGCGUUUGCCAUCCCGGCACGGACUUUCCCGAUCAGCAGACCAAGAACAUCGAUGACCUUUUAUACCACGCACAUCAUAUGGCUGUGCUCCUUCACGAUUCUAAGCACGCAGGAGCACUUCGGGCUCUGAGAGACCGAGUGCAGACAGAAGUGAUGCGUUCUUACAAAGAGAUACAACUUGCCCACGCCGCACUGAGAGAAAACUAUCAGGAUGUUGUUGCCAAGAAAUGGGAUCUUCACCAGGAGAGAACCUUCUGGCAUGCCCUCCGUUUCCCUGCAAACACUCUAGAUGUGAUUAUUGAAGUUGCGAUUGCGUGGAAUAAAGGCGGGCAUCCCUUGAGCAAAGUGGAUCCUGUUUCUGGAUUCGCAGUCGACGAGGAGACCUACCUCCGAGUUCCUGGCCAAGACGAAGAUUAUUUCGCACGGUUGCAUCGAGAUGAUUGGGACGCACACACGCCAACAUUCCAACGUGUCGUCCGAAAGCUCGGAGCAUCCCGUGCUGAUUCUACAAUGUCUGCGUAUGCAAUGAGGAUGCUAAUCGAUGCCGAGACUCCCGCUGCAGAACCAUGGGAAGACGAGCCUGAGGUAGUCGCUGGGAGAGUGAGACAACAAGAACGCAAUCUACAACGCAACGUGGAUGCGGGAGCUUUCAAUUACGCACGCAUCCAGUCCGAUCGUUCCACUAGAAGUACUUCUAGUGGGAGUACUCGCUACGCCAUUGCGCCCUCCGAACCUGACUCGGACGCAGAGGCUCCUACCCCUUGA